AAACCCCCCUUUUUUGUGAGAUGCAGUGAGAAAAAUCCGUUGUUUACUGCGUAAACUAGGAAAGAAAUAAAGAUUUUUUUUAGCGCGGAAAGCCUCAGUGGACGCCACCGUGCGUUCCCUCCAAAAGGGGGAGGGGUCGUGUUUUCCUGACGGUCUACUAAUCCAUCUGUCCAAAGUGACUGUACUUUUACAUGCCAGGAAACUGUGUGCUUCGAGACAGAAAGCAGUAGUUUGACAAAAAUAUUUAACACGUGUACAGCCCUCGCUUACACGACCGUUGCAUUUAUUGUAACCAACACGCCAGCUUAUUUCAAAAUGUCUCUGUAGUCCUAUAACGCCUAUAUCCUGGUCUAAGUGUGGAUAAACCCACUCUAAACUAAAAUAACUACCAUAUCCGUUUGGUCUCUGCGCCUUCGACAGUUCAGUUGAUUUUAUCGCAUAGAUGUCACCCUAAAACACAUUCGGUGGAUCAACCUAACAGUUCCUGUAACCCCACCCAGUUUGUGAUCGACCGCUGAUUGGUCGUCAGUGUAGUUGUGAGUGUUUUCACAUUCCAUUCCGCGCUUCUAAUUGGUCACCGGUGACGACAAUCCCACACCCAACUCCCACCCACCGAGACAUCAAGUUUGUGAGACUCGCAAUAGCUAGUUUAAGAGGCUAUAGCUGAAUGUGCAGCAAAGACUCCAAGUCUAACUGCGCUCUUUGGUUUAAAUCACUCAUUUAGAGUUCAAUAAGAUGGAUAUGAAAAAGAGAAUUCACCUGGAGUUGCGGAACCGGACGCCGUCAGACGUGAAAGAGCUCGUGCUCGACAACUGUCGGUCAAAUGAGGGCAAAAUUGAGGGCCUCACUGACGAGUUUGAGGAACUGGAAUUUUUAAGCACAAUCAAUGUAGGCUUAACAUCAGUCGCCAAUUUGCCUAAGCUAAACAAACUCAAAAAGCUCGAGCUUAGCGAUAACAGAAUCUCAGGGGGUCUGGAGGUACUGGCAGAGAAGUGUCCCAACCUCACCCAUCUCAACCUCAGCGGCAACAAAAUUAAAGACCUCAGCACCAUCGAACCCCUGAAAAAAUUGGAAAGCCUCAAAAGUUUAGACUUGUUCAACUGUGAGGUGACAAACCUGAAUGACUACAGAGAAAAUGUUUUCAAGCUGCUCCCUCAGUUGACGUACCUCGACGGCUAUGACAAAGAGGAUAAAGAAGCACCCGACUCUGACGCCGAAGCUUACGUCGAAGGCCUAGAUGAUGAUGAGGAUGAUGAAGAUGAGGGAGAAGAGGAGGAGUAUGAUGAAGAGGCAGCUCCAGGAGAUGAAGAUGAAGAGGAGGAUGAUGAGGAAGAGGGAGAAGAGGAGGAAGAAGAGGACAUCAGCGGAGAGGAAGAGGAGGAGGAAGAGUUAAAUGACGGCGAGGUAGAUGAUGAGGAAGACGUUGAGGAGGAGCGGGGUCAGAAGAGGAAAAGAGAGCUGGAUGAGGAAGGGGAGGAAGGGGAGGAAGAUGAUGACUGAACAUGCACUCCCCUAUUGUGAUCUGACCGUUUAACCCCUGUAUAUCUGUCCUAUUGUCACUCUGCGAUGGUUUGGGGAGGUAUUCAAAUGGUAGGGGGUGGGUUAGUAUAAACGAGGACACAUUAAAUAUUUGUUUUUAGCUUUUUUGUUGUUGAUGUUGUUGUUGUUGUUUUCUUUUGGUUUGGUUUGUACUUUCAGUUUUAUUCCCUUCAUUUUCUCCAAAAGUUCUUCAAAUGGCUGACAACACCGUGUGGAAAAUUAUUAUUGUUGGAAAAAAAAGACCAGUAUGCUCUUGUAAUUUUUCCCGUGUCUUUACUGUUGAUGCCUAAAUGCUGGUGAUGACUUGUGUAUUAAAAAAGAAAAAACAACCAAAAACCUUUUAGAAGUGCAUGGCUGACUCUAUUUUAAAGUUGACUACUGGAUUUCAAGGAAGAACAUUUUCUAACCCACUUUUUUUAUUGCAUCUUUUGUGUAUUUUGUUUCUUUGGUGUUUUCAUCAUCAUCACCACCGCCACCACGUGACGUGCUAUUUAAGCAUGAAGAAUGCAUCAUGAUGUCUGCUUGGACAUGCACGGCUCAACCUCUCAAUGUGAUUUUUAUUUUUAUUUUAUUUUUUAAUGUUCAGAGCCGAAUGUCUGCCCUUGUCAAAUGAGCCCUAAACCCCUUCUCCCUUUUGUGUGGAUAGUUCAGAGGUUUUGUGUUCUUUGUAAAUAAUGACCAAAUAUAUAUUUUUUUUUCUGAUUCCCUUUGAUAAUGGCAGACGUUUUCACAAAUAAUCUCAGUUGUAACCAUUAACUGUAAUAAAAUGAAUGAAAACGCAACAGGCUCUAUGGUAGUUUGAAGUUCUCUGUUCUGACAGCCACAGAAAAUCCACACAUUGUAAUUGGAUGUGAUUACAUACUUGAUCAACAGGUUAUGUAUUUGAAGUCUUGUGCAGAGAUGGCAAGUGUAUAUGACCUCGCCACUGAUAUAGUGGGUUAAUUGAAUAUAUGAAGUGAAAUUGCAUUGUGAAGCUCAGGGAAAAUAGCUUGUAUUUUUUUGAUGAUACGUGGCUGAAUAUUGUGUAAAUAUUCAGAAGCAUCAUGCCAAUUUAAAUAGAACGCAUACGCAAUUUUAACUGAGCUGUGUCCAGUUGUCAGAUCAUACUGAUUGAAAUUUUUAUUAAAAAGAUGACUUCAGAUUUCACAUGAAUAAAAGUCAGCAUUUUUGUUCCAAUGAAUAUUUACUGUACAAGCAUGUGCCUUGCUAACAUGAGCAUGAAAGCAUUGCGUAUAGUGUAACUGAGGUGGUUCUUAUGAUCUGUGUGGACAGAUUGCCAGUUUGUGAGUGUGAGAUCGUAAGGUAAAUUGAGCUAGUCUCAGUCUAGACAGUUAGAUUUGAUGUACCAUUUGAGUAAAUUCGGCUCAGCACAUUACAGGAUUCUUCCUCAGGAAGAGGUUUUUACUUAGUAUGCAAUUACCUUUUGUGCAACAUGCUGUAGUUAGUUAAUCAUAAUGAAUAGUGAAAUACAGAGUAGUGAUUACCUAUUAAUGCUCUUCAUUUUAAUCAAAGACAAAGGUUAGUCUAAUGUCUUGCCUCAUAAUUCUUUAGGCACUGUCAGCACGAAAUAUUUCAACAUUAAUUGUGCUUGUGUAGGCAGUGAGCGACUUGUCUAACACCAACAUGAAAGGGGCCUGAGUAAAACAUAAAUAUUCUGGCACUUCACACUGAACAAAUUAAUAUCCACCUCAACAUCUUCAAUGAUGCACAAUUAUCAGGCAUAAGAUUUGGAAUGUAGCUACAGUCCACAUAAACAACCUGUUCCUCACAGUUUGGCCCAUUUAAGUAGGCCCAUUGUUAUUAUUACCCAGUGUUCCUUAAAGGGAUGGUUCACAUUCAGUUGCCGGUUCCUAUUGACUUCCAUAGUAUGGAAAAAAACACUAAGUCAAUGGAGACCAGCAACUAAAGGUGAACUAUCCCUUUAAGCACUACUGCUUGUGUCUGAACUGCUCUUUAUCAUGUUAAGAGGAUGCUGUGUAGUCUGUUUCAUGGCAAGUGUAGGCCUUGCUGUAGUACGUGCUGACAUGAGCAAGACUGUGGCUUUACCGCCCCCUAAUGUCAGAAUCCCUAAAGUGCACUUUACCUCAAAACGCGCUAUUACUAUGCAAUGAUAAAGCAGAAGAUGCUGGGGUUUGUGUUAUUGUUUUAUGAAGCAAAAUAUUUACGCAAAAAGUUUGAGGCUCAUAGUGUUUUCAUUAAACAGCAGGAAAAGGUCAAACACACAAUGUCUGAAUUCAGAGGUGGACCGACUUUGCUUUCCGUGCUGGUCGAGCGAGGUUAUUUAUAAUCAUAAAUUCAUUUGGGAAUCAGAUUAUAAAUAUAUUUUAAAAGGGAUAACAUUUUAACACAUUAGCUCAUAGGUGCUCCAGUAAAUGGGCCGUCCAAACUUUUUUUUUUUUGAGCUGGUCCAGUUUGUUCUGGGCAAAAUCAAUGUUUUAAAUCAUAAUUAAUAGGGUAACUUCUAGAGAGCAGCACGCACUGAAGAGCGUGAUUGCACCUGUAGUGUUUCGUGGCGCAUAAUGUAUUUGCCUGCAAAGAAUUUGUCCACUUUACAAUAAAACAUUUAAAAGGGUUUACACUGAAAGUUCAAAGCUGAAUACAAUGCACUUUAUAAGAGUUUACAUCCAAUCUAAGAAGCUAUUUGUUUAAGAGGUCAAUAAUUUGAAUGUAACAGGACGACAAGGAUACAGUAAAUUCAUGGUUACAAGCUACAAACCUGAAAACUCAAGACACUUAAAAGUAU